GCGCCGAGGCGAGCGGAGCCGAGCGAGCCCGGCGGCCUCUGAGGGAGCCAGCGCCCGCCCGGGCGGCCAGUCCGGCGGGGGGCGGCGGGGCAGGCCGGGGGCUACCGGGCGCGGCGCCGCGGCGCUCGGAAGCCGGCCGAGGCCCGCGGAGCCCGGUGGGGCAGGGCAGAGCGAGGCAGUGGAGGGAGGCCCAGCCCCGACCCGGCGCCUGUUUGUCCCACCCGCAGCGACCCGGCGCCCGGGGGCUGAGAAGCAGAGAAGCCGAGAGCGAGCGGGCAGGAGGCGGCGGGAGCCCAGCGGAGGCUUCGAGCCCAGUGCGCCCCGGUCCGGUUCGGCCCACCGGGCGCCCCUCCCCUCCUUUCCCUCGCCGCGCCUCCUCCCCUCGCCUCCUCUCGCCUCCUCUCUUCUCCUCCGUCGGGCGCCGCUCCAGCCCGCGCCCGGGCCGCCGAACCCAGCCGGGCCAGGCCCCCAUCCUCGCGCGCUCUCUGCCGGGUCGGGCGAAGACGGGGUCCCAGAGGCAGACGCCGCCCUUCCGCCGGCACCCGGCAGAUUCUGGACCUUUCAGAUCGUGGCCUGAGCCCUGGGAGCGUUCUCGCUCCGCGAAGACUGCCGGGCUGGGCUGAUCGGAUCCUCGCGGCCGCCCAGGGCGACUUGGGCGCCGGAGCGCGGACAUUCUGGGUCCAGGCUGAGCGCGUCCUGGGCGCCUGGUGCUGCCGCUCACUAAGGGCAGAGCAGGGCAGACCACGGCGGAGCCCGGCCCCAGCCCAUCUGGACUGGACAGAGCAAAUCCCGGACAGUGCCGAGCCCGGGGAAUGCCGGGCGUGGGCUGAGGGGAUCCCAGCGCCCUCCCAGCCCUCCGACUUUGGCUUGCGCGCUCUGACCGGCCGGGCGUCGUCUCGGCCGCCCUGCGCCCGGGUCACCUGUGGCCUAGAGCCCUGAACCCGCCGGACCCUCGCUCGUUCCGGACCCGGAGCCUGGCGGGUGUCGUGGGGGAUUUUUCCUGCCCGCUUGCCUGGAGCGCGGAGGCCCCGCCCCCUCCCACCGCCCAGAUGUCUCCGGUCGCGGCUCGGAGAACCUCCCUGAGGCCAAGGGCCGAAGGGUCCAGAGAGAGAAGCCCGCCCUAGGGAGCCUUGGGGGCCCCCCAACCUCGUCUUGGGGCUUGGCCCCCGACGCUGCUUGGAGGGAAGGCCGGUGCCCCCACCCUUGGGGGCUGCCCUCCUCCAAUCCAGCUCCCUCUCCAGAGCCGCCCACAUCUGGAGCCCCCUCCACAUCUGGAAGACCCUGGCUCCGUCCCUCUGCAGGUGUCAGUUGCAUCCAGAGACCUCUGCCUUUGCAACUGCCUAGGAGUUGUGAGGGGAUUACUGCUACCUUCCCCCAUCCCAAGGGCAUCCCUUACCCUUAGUCCCUGCAGAGUCAUCCCCCUGCCUCUGUGUCUAGGCUCAGGCAGAGACCAGCUCUGUACACCCAUAGGCACCUCAAGUCCUGGAGCCCACUUCUGGGACCCAAGGCCCCUCCCUCUGCCCUCUUGUGUCCUCACCUUGACCCUCUCUCUUAGACUCUGUCUCCCUCUGGGUGUUCAUUUACCACCCAGAGGAAGAGCAGGCGGAGUGGCAGGGGGCAGGGACUGGGUGAGGGCUGCCCAGUGCCAGGGUGGGCUGGGGGGCCGUUAAGAUGUGGAGCUCUGCCCGGCUGAGGGGGGCUCUGUGGAGGAAGACGCAGUGUGUGCCCGGCUGGGGGGAGUAUGGGCAGGCCUGCGGCCACGUGGUGAAGGAUGAACAUUCGGGGCACCCCGGACCUCGGGCAGCCCAGUGACGACCCCAGCAGUGGUGGUGAGCGGGAGCGGAUUCGACAGCGCAUGAAAAUGGUCAUCGGGCAGCUUGAAGGCAUCCUGCGGGAGCUCAAGGAGGUGGCCAAGGAGCUGAGGGAGGUGGUGAGCCAGAUCGACAAGCUAACGUCUGACUUCGACUUUGAACUGGAGCCAGAUGACUGGACCACGGCCACUGUGAGCAGCACCUCUAGCAGUGACAAGGCAGGUGUGGGUGGCCCCUUUGACCUGGGCCAUCUGGACUUCAUGACAGCUGAUAUCCUCUCGGACAGCUGGGAGUUCUGCUCCUUCCUGGACGUCUCCACACCAUCGGACUCCGUGGAUGGCCCUGAAUCAAUGCGGCCAGGGGCUGGCCCUGACUACCGGCUCAUGAAUGGCGGCAUGCCCAUCCCCAAUGGGCCACGAGUGGAGACCCCCGACUCGUCCAGCGAGGAGGCCUUCAGUGCUGGCCCUACUAAGGGCCAGCUGCCCCAGCGGACCCCAGGGACACGGGAAAGGGUACGGUUCAGUGACAAAGUGCUUUACCACGCUCUGUGCUGCGAUGACGAGGAGGGGGACGGUGAGGAGGAGGCAGAGGAGGAGGAGGUGGGCCUGCCCCCUGAGCUGCCCCAUACGGAGACCCAUGCAGCCCCCCUCAAGCCCUCCCCAGCCCCCCACAAGACAAGGCGCUCUCCACUGACUGGCCGUCACUCAGGACCCACAUUGGCUCCAGAACAGACCCGAAGGGUCACAAGGAACAGCAGCACCCAGACAGUGUCAGACAAGAGCACGCAGACGGUACUGCCCUACACGGCCACCAGACAGAAAGCCAGGGGGAAAAACUAGGGGCUGGGGAGGGGGAUGGGGUGGGCACAUAGAGCUAUAAAUAUAUAUAUAUAUAUAUAUAUUUAAACAAACACAGUCAUAAUAAAAUUUAAAAAUGCUAAGGAUCCGGCCCCACAGGGCCCAAAGCUUUCACAGAGCUCAUCUUAGACACAGAUGCCCACUCACCUCCUUGGUCCCAGGAAGCAUGGUGAGAGCCCAUCCUCCAUCCCUUCUCAUUGCAGGGCCCCUGAGGAGGUGUCUGAAAGUACGUAAGUGAGGUGGGAGUGGUCUAACCUGGCAGGUGGUGAGCACAGUGGUUCUAGGUGGCUGCUGGCUGGGUCAUGUCUUGGGAGAGACUCAUCUGCAGAAGGUAGGCUCUAAGAGAGCAGUGCCAGAUGCCAGAGCUCAGUUGGGAUGGUUGAGUGACUGUAGGACUCAGGGCGCAGGGGUUGCAUCGCUCUGGCUGGGCCCUGGGUCACUUGCACCCCCAUCUUUCUGCUCCACAGCAGACAGAUUUUGCCUUUCUUUCCCAAAGGAAAAUUUACCUGGAUAGAUACAAUUCCACCCUACCCACUUGCAUCUUAGGAUUUCCAGGGACAUAAAGGAAGGGCAAGCCUCUCCCAAGGACUGGGAAGCUGGGCUUCCACAGAAGUUGCAGGACUGGGCUGGGCAGUGUAGGGGCUUGUUUGGAGAGCUUGGAUCAUUCCAAUCCUUGCAGUUCCCAUUCUCAGCUCAUCUUCUGAGGAUCGGAGCCUCAGAGCAGAUCCUUAGCCAACCUCUGGCUUGGCCCUGAGCAGAACUAAAUGUGUAUGAGCAACAGGCAGCAGUCAAGACAAGGCUGUGAACCAGGGCCACACACCAGCCCCUAACCACCUUUGCCAGGCAGCCAGCAGGGAGGUGAGUGCAGUGGCCCUCCUUGGCCCCUGCUUCUCCACACCCAGCCCCUGAGCCCACCUUAGCAGUUUCUUGAGCAGAGACAAGGGAAAAGCCAAGAGGCACCGGGGGCUUCACCUAGGGCAUGACCUGCCAAUAGGGACAGCAUCUGAAUUUCCUUGGGAUGGUAAUCACAAUCAUUGAUCACAUUUAUAGAGCAGGUCUGUAUGUCACUAUAUGCCAAAUACAUUUUAUAGCAUUAUCUUAUUUAAUCUUCACAAUAACCCAACAAGUUAACUAUUAUGAUUCCCAUUCUUUCAAAUGAGAAUUACUGAGGUUCAGAGAACCUCAGUAGAGGCUAAGUAACUGGAUUUAGGUCAUAGAGCCUAUGCCAUCCUGCCCCCCAUGAGCAAGUGGUUUCCAGACUGUACAUGGCUCUGCUAUCUAGCAGCUGUGUAACCUUGGGCAAGUUCAUUUGCCUCUCUGAGUCUUUCUACCUCAUCUAUCAAGUGGGUCUGAUAGACCACCUACCUCACUGGCUACUAUGGGGCUCCAGCAAGAUGGUGAAUGUGAAAGUACUUGAUAAACUACAGGCACUGGAUGGACUGAGGUCAGUGCGACUCCCAUCCCACGUUUCAGUGUUUUCCAAGGCAGAAGAGUCAUGAGUGUGUGGAGAAAGAGCUGCUCCCUUCCAACCAGAGGCCAUCCCUCAGUCACAAGCACCACAUCACUUUGUCCCUCAAAGCAGCUGGCAGUAAGGAGAUGGCUACCACUUGAUUUACUGUUCCUCACCCAGAGCGGAGAGGUGGUGCCAAUGGCACAGCAAGGACCUGGCUCCUGGGGGCCCCCCUGCUGCACAUUUCAAUUAAGGCAGUUAGACAACCCUCCAGGGACUAUCCAGAGGGGACCCCUGUGUGAAAACUAAGGAGGACCUUCCUAGCAGGCCCAGCGGCACCCCUGCCCCUACCUGGAGAUGUGCUACCAGCCCAGGCCAUGGGGAGCCAGUGAGAAGGUGCAGGCCAGUCUGGAGUGAUAGAGGAUACAUCAGGAGGCCAUCAGCACAUCUAGGGUGUUCUGAAGUGUGGGGGUCUCUCUUUGGGCCCAUGGUGAGGUCAGAACCCUACAGGGCCAGCCUGCAGCCUCCAGAGUGGAAAUCCAAAGAUGAGGUGGGUCGGUCCACGUCUGCAAGCCAGCAGGCAGAGCCCCUCUAUCAGCCCCAGGAAGCCCCAAGCAGGUGAUUCUGAUCUUUACAACCAUCAGGGAAAAGAAUCCAAUAGAAUAGUUUUCAUAUCACAGAGGAAGAAACUGAGGUCUGGAGCCAGGGUUCUCAGAGAGAGCCCUGAAUAAAGAUGUGUCCCCUCCUAGGAGAUUCCCCCACCCUGCCCUGGCUCUGUGAGACUGUAUGUGGUUAUGGCUAGUGUGUGUCACUUGUACCCAAAUGGAGCAAGUGUAUCCUGGAAGUGUGGAGCGAAUUUUGAAAUGGAUACAAGUUUACUUUGGUGAAAGCCCAGAAAGUACUUGACUGCCAAACCCAGUGGAGCUCUGGGGUGGGAUCCUUACCACUUCUCCUAACUUGAAAUGUAGAAUGUGUCCACUUGAAGAUAAUUAUGACUACGUAAUAAGCUGUUGAGCAGUAGAAUGGGCACCUCCAGGGAGUGAGCUCCCCAUCCUUGAGGCAGAUGCAGCCAUCCCUGGACCCUCCUCCAGACCUGCCAGCUCCAGCCAGAUGCAGUGCUUCCUGCUCUUCCCUGCCUCUAAACCCUCCCAGGUGUCUGGGUUUCCUCCCCAGAAUGACCCACCAGGUCUGCUUCCAGGAGGUCUGAUUCCACUAACCACGUACUGUGUGCACAGACUUGUGCUACAGGCUGCUGUGAAGGAGGCAAGAGGGAGCCAGGCGCUAGUGACACAAAAGAGCUGUCAUCAAUAGCUCCUGUUCAUUGAUCACACACUACAAUUGAGCAUUGUCCUAAGCACAUGCCUUAUCUCAUUUAUUCCUCAUAGUAAAUGAUGAGAUAAGCCAUUUUACUUACGCCUAUUUUUUAAUGAGAAAACUGAGGCUCUGAAAAGUUAAGUCACUUUGCUGACAAGCAUAUAGGAUGAGUUAUGGACGAGAAUUCAACCCCCAACUCAGUGACUUAGCACUCAAACAUCUGCUGCAGUCCAAACGCAUGAUGGAACCCAUGCUCUGGUCUCUCAGGAUGAGGAUGAGGGCUUGGCGGCCCGAGAGCCAGGGGACCUUGGGGAGUGGGAAGUGAGUUGAGAGAAAAAAGUCUAUGAACACAGUUCAGUGUUUGGAGAACUUGGCUGUUAUCAGCCUGAGUAUCACAACCCCUGAUUCAGAACCUGGCACUGAAUGGAUCUUGGGUUCAAUAAAUGUUGAAUGAAUGAACGAACCCCAUUUGCAGAGGGGAUAUCAAUUGUGCAUUAAUUCAAUCAACUUUUAUUGAGGACCACCUAUGUGCCAGGUCUUGUGUCACACACACAUACACAUCUCCCUCCCCUGUAAAACUUUGUGACUAAGGACCAGGCAAAGUCAAAACUGAAGGGUUUGGGGUUUCAGCACUGAGAAGCUGGAAAUGACACUGGGUCCAACCUGUGAUGACUGGGAAAAGGGGGCCAGGGGCAUGAAGCAGGGGACCAGGUUGGUGAGGUAGCCAGCCACUCUGGGGCAUGCUCUGCAGGGAUGGGGGAUCCUAGCCUGACACCACUUCUAUAGGGUGGGGAUACUGCAGAGUGUCUAAGAAUGACGAGGCAUUCCUAUAUCUACUUUAUAAACAAGGGACAGAGAAUGCAGCCUACAGAAGUGGUCUGGUGAAACCAAGGGCCAGAAAGGAGGGCAUAUUAUUCAGAGACCCCAGAACCAUCCCCUUGUUCUGUUAACAAGAAGGGAAAAGGGGUCAUGCUGGGAAUUUAAGAGACAGUAGACCCAGCCCUGCAACCCUCCCUUCUGAGUUCCCCUUCUCCUGUCCCAACACCUCCCACCCAACCUCCUGACUUGUGUAAGAAAACUGACACUUAUUGACAGCUUAGUAAAUGCCAGGCUCCAUGUCACACCUUUUAACUGACACUAAAUGGCAGGUUUAGUUGGGCCCAGUACAGAAUAGGUUGCUCAAUAAUUGUUCAUUGAGUAAAUGGGUUAACCACAGUCUUCAUUUUACAGGUCAGGUGAGGAAACUGGUGAACAAAUAAGGACUUUGCUCAAAGUCACACAGGCAGAGAUUGGUGGAGCUGGGACUUGACAUGGCUAUUAUGAUUUACGCUGUAUUUGAGAGCUAGCAUCUAUGGAUCGCCUGCCACGUGAUCGCCUGUAUGAGGCUCACCAGGGUUCAGGCCCCACCUUCAUCAAUUCAGCUUGGGCAGGACUCCUAGAGUCUCCCCCUAGUUUCUGGUGAGCCUGGGACACUAACUAGGUGACCCAGAGAAAAACAGCUCCAGGUUCAAAGUGCCCUCUUCUUCUACCUCAGGUGCAGCUAGAAGACCAGCCUGCCGUCUGUACUAUAAAUGCCGAGGUCUUACUGGUCUGGGCUUACAGGGCUCUGAGAGCAGGAAGGGAGUGCUGGGGUGUUCAGGAGAGAAUUUUGAGAGAAGAAAGGAUUUGAAAUAAACCUUCCUUUGGAAUGGGGAAGUGGAAAUGAAAGGCAUUUGGAGCUGGUAGAGUUUUAAAACAAAGAUGACUGAGGUGACCCUUGUGGCAGACAGUAGUGAGGCCUUGUUCAAACAAAGGGUGCACACUGGCGCAAACUGGGAAAGCCGAGAGCACCGUCAGCAAGUGACUUCAGAGCUCUCCAGCGCCCUCCGAGGCACUCCAUCCUCCUGACUGUCGGGGAAGGAGGCAGGGGGUUUGUCUAGUCUGAUAAACUAGAUAGGUCAGUAGAGACUAACAAGAUAGGGGCCCAUUUAAAGGAUAGCUAAGAACAGCAAAUAAUUAGCACAUUGGUAAGUGAAAUAAUUUACCUUGAACUCUUGAAAAUAAUUUAAUCCUACAGAGCAAGUUCAAUAUCCCGCCUGCAAUGCUUUCCCCACCUUUCAGGUCAAUAGGUCAUCACCUCCAGACAUGUAAACUAGCUGGGAUUCCAGUGUGACCUGAUUUGGCCCACCUGCCUGCCCUGCACCCUGACAGAGCACCCCCCUUUCCCUAUCCCCAGCCAACCAGCCAAGGAGACCAAGCGGUCUUGGGUAGGUAACCUCGGGCUAAUGUUGCCCACAGCUCAGGCCCUGUGCUGAUCGGAUCUGACUCCCUGCCAGGAACACUCAAGCUCACAUACCUACCUGCAGCUCCACUUUCCCUCCUGUUCCUGCUAGUAUACGCAGAGGUCAGGAGCUUCCCACAAUAGAUCAGACCCACCAUGGCAGCUUCCCCUGCCAUUAUCUUAGAAGCACCACAGAAACCCACUCUCCAGGCCUUACCCCAUACCUGUCCUCCACCCUCAAGAAAUCAGGACAGCUCGCUACAAGGUACAGCCUAUGGAGGAACCAUGGAAAGAAGUCUGGGGCCCUGAUCUUUGUGGUGUUUCCUUGACUCAUUCUGGCCCAGGAGACCCUUGAGAGUGGAGAAUUUGUCCCGAACCAAACAACAGAAUGAUUGGGGGGGGCUUCAUGAAGAGGGUAGCCAGAGCUGAGUGCAAUUUGGGGAGAUGUGGAAGGGGGAAGAGGUUCACUAAUAGGUAGUGAUCCAAGAAAUCAGGGAGAAUUACAGAACUAUGAAACCCCUCAUAGUCAGGGAACUGGGUACCAACUUUCCCCUUUGCCCCCAGAGACUGACUGUGGGAUCACUGCUAGGAGGAGGCACAUCUGCCCCUACAACUCCGGGAGUGUGAAGGGUUAAAUCCAGAAAAUCGCCCAAGAAAGGCAGGUAUGUCCCAGGAGUGAUGAGCAUAGCACACAUGGGGUGAGGAGGAUCGGGUUGGCCUGUGAUCCCAGACAGGCAGGGGAGUACCAGGAGGUCCCUGGGCUGUGGGUCAGGAGCAUGAGGGGGCUGCUCAGUUUGGUGAACUCCCAGACAGCUCUGGGACUAUUCCCUGGGAUUCUUGGCCUGGCAUCGCUGCAAUGUGGGUCACAUUGCAAUGUCCCUGGUACCUGAGAGUGAGGUCCUAGCCCCUGUCAAAACAGACUCCAUUCUAGACUUGGUAUAGGCAAGAGAAGAUAACUUUCUCAGGGUGGCUCACCAUUCAAAGUCCAGUUUUGCCCAUUGAGCAUAUGAGUCUCUCCAGGGAUGUGAAAUUUCCUUGAGGAAGGUCCUUCUCUUGGGCUUCCUAAUAAAAUGGCUCCUUGUAUUCUUCUGGAGACUGGGGGAAGCUUCAGGGUCAUGUCCUCCUGCCCUAGGGUAGAGAACUCUGAAAACUUCUGGAGCCCAGAGAGCCCCUCAGAUCAAGUUGACACUACCCACCCUGCAGUUUCCUGGACAUUUCUCUUCCUCUCAUCUGGAGGUUGUGAAUUGGUGGCCUGCACACCUGCUUUACUUCCCACAUUGUUUGAAAAAGAAGAUUUUACAUAAAAAUCCAGAUUUCAGAUUUCUUAGGAAAAAAUCUGUUGCUAUGAGAACACUGAGUACCAACUCAGUGUUGGUACUCACAUACUGAACUGGUCAGCAGGAGCUGAGCAUCAGAAACUCUAGUUGGGGUGGAGACCCACCUUGAUAACUUAUUUAGAGACAGGGUCUCGCUGCGUUGCUUAGGGCCUCACUAAGUUGCUGAGGCUGACUUUGAACUCACGAUCCUCCUGCAUCAGCCUCCCAAGAUGCUGGGAUUAUAGGAGUGCACCACUGCACCCAGCUGCCUUGUCAUUCCUAAGUAAACCUUCCAUCCAUGUUCACUACUGCCCUGAGGCCCCCAACACACACACAGACAGCUGUCCCUCCUGGCAGACUGCAAACCCCAUAAGGACUAGAACAGUUGACGUGCUUCCUGAAGUCUGGUUGUCCCCACACAUGGUAAGUUCUCAGUGAGUGUACUUCUUGCCUCCACUCCGGCUCUCUAUGGCCUUCCUGGGCCCUCAGGGCUUAAAUGUCUCUUCAGGUUCAGAGUGUGGAGGAGCCAUGAUUCCUGAAGACUUAUUGAAAAAGAGAGGGUGUCAUGCUGGGUCUUGGGGAAGUGGAGGCCUGAGUGACCACUUUGCCUGAAUCUCUUGCUCUUUCAGGCAGCUGGCCUCUGCUGGAAUUUCAGAAGCACUCACCCAGUUUUGGUUUGUUUGGGGGUUCUUUUUUUGUUUUUAUUUUUGCUUUUUUUUCUUUUAAUUCAGACAUUGUCUCAUAGCUGAGGAAUGGUUUCACACUUUUUAA